UUCUCCACAACCUUCAUCAUCUUCAGCAAUCUCAGUUCACCAUCGACGACAAUUCUUCGAAGAACAAUCAACCAAGACUACUUCACUCAAAUCACAAUCAUCAAAUCAAUCCUUGGACAAUAAAAUGGACGGAGAUUUGAUUGCCCUAGUUAACAAAUUGCAAGACACCUUCAAUGCAAUUGGUGGAGAAACUGUCGAUUUACCUCAGAUUGUGGUGGUCGGAUCACAGAGUUCAGGAAAGUCUUCUGUUCUUGAAACCAUUGUAGGACGAGAUUUCCUUCCGCGAGGCUCAGGAAUUGUUACUCGUCGUCCUCUCGUCCUCCAAUUGAUCCACAUCAAUUCACCCUCAUCUUCACCCGUAGAAUAUACUCCUCAGCAGUCAUCAUCAUCCGCUGUCGAGUACGGAGAGUUUCUUCACCUUCCCAACCGAAGGUUUACUGAAUUUGCUGAUAUCAAAAAGGAGAUUGAAAAUGAGACUUUGAGAGUGGCUGGAAGUAAUAAGGGAAUUAGCCGACUACCAAUUCAUGUGAAGAUCUUUAGUGAACGUGUCUUGAAUCUUACCUUGGUGGACCUGCCUGGCUUGACUAAAAUACCUGUAGGGGAUCAACCUACCGACAUAGAGCGGCAGAUACGCAGUCUGGUACUCGAUUUUAUAUCCAAACCCAACAGUGUUAUUCUUGCAGUCUCUCCAGCCAAUGUCGAUCUCGCCAACUCUGAAUCAUUGAAACUAUCUCGUUCUGUUGAUCCUCAAGGUCGUAGGACUAUCGGUGUCCUAACCAAGCUAGACCUCAUGGACACUGGGACAAAUGCUUUGGACAUACUCACAGGAAGGGUCUACCCACUUAAGCUAGGCUUCAUUGGUAUCGUCAAUCGUAGCCAGCAGGAUAUAAACAUGAAUAUACCACUAGAGAAGUCUCUGGAGAAAGAGCAAGAGUUCUUCACUCAGCAUCCCGCUUACCGUAAUAUCGCACAUCGAUGUGGUACUAGAUUUUUAGCAAAGACAUUGAACCAAGUGUUGAUGUCUCAUAUCCGUGACAAGCUGCCCGACAUGAAAGCCAGGCUGAAUACACUUAUGGGUCAAACGCAGCAGGAACUCAAUGCAUACGGGGGUGACUCUGUCUUCUUUGGUAAACAGAACCAAGGGUCGUUGGUUUUGAAGUUGAUGACUCAAUUCGUGAAAGACUUUGUGUCAUCAAUUGAUGGAACGCAAGCUAACCUCUCCACCAAAGAACUUUGUGGUGGUGCUCGGAUAUAUUAUAUCUUCAAUGAGAUAUUCGGACAUGCACUUGAAACCUUGAAUCCAAUGGAAAACCUAAACAAUUUAGAUAUCAAGACUUCUAUUAGAAACUCCACUGGAACCCGAUCAAGUUUGUUUAUCCCAGAAGCUGCAUUUGAUCUAUUGAUUAAACCUCAGAUCAAGUUGUUGGAGCCACCUGGCUUACGGUGUGUAGAAUUGGUAUAUGAAGAAUUGAUGAAGAUCUGUCACAAUUGUACAAAUUCUGAGCUGCAAAGGUAUCCCAAACUGCAUGCGCAAUUGAUCGAAGUGGUUUCCGAACUACUACGCGAACGGCUGGGUCCAACUUCCGAAUAUGUACAAUCCUUAAUCUCAAUCCAGGCUGCCUACAUCAACACCAAUCAUCCGGAUUUCAUGGCCAAUACACUUACUAGUAGCAACAUGGCAUCAAAUCAACGUCAUCAUGCUACCAACGCAGUCACUAAUGGAGUUAUGGAUCAGAGAAGGGUGCGCAAUGGUUCCCCUACGUUGUCUGUUGCUACCAUCGGCUCCAAUGUGCCGAUCGAUAACUCAUUGACUAUCGGACGAUCUCAUCAGCCAAUACCGAAUAAUUCAAGGAUCGUUUCAGAUAGUCGACUGAAUGUAUUGAAUGCUAAUCCUUCUUCAUCUCAUCAUCAUGGUGGUCGACAUUCAGGUGGAUCUUCACAACAGUAUGGAAAUGCUAAAGAUUCAUUCCUGAAUUAUUUUUUUGGUGGAUCUACUAAUGGGAUUGGUGGUGGAAUGUUAUCACAACCACCUCAACCACAUCGAUCAAAUCGUCAUAGCCUGACUGGUAUGGGACAUGAUAAUGAUUCAAAUCAACAUGGAUCUAGUGGAUUGAGAAAAUCUGGAUUCGAGGGUGCAAAUGCUGCAUUUAAUAUGAAGAGUCUUGAAAAACAUAUGCUAGAGGGAGUACAAGAACAGAGGAUACAACUAACGGACCGAGAACAUAGGGAAAUCAAUCUGAUUAGAUCAUUGAUGACAGCUUAUUUUGGAAUUGUUAGACAAACAAUUCAAGAUUUAGUACCAAAAGCUGUGAUGCAUUUCUUAGUAAAUCAUGUCAAAGAAGGAGUACAGAAUAGAUUGGUAUCAAGUUUAUAUCGAGAAGAUUUAUUUGAAGGACUCUUGAUGGAAGAUGAUGGAUUAAGGAAUGAAAGAGAAAGAGUCAAAGGUCUUUUGGAUGCUUAUAAGGAAGCUUUUAAGACUUUGAGUGAAGUUUUGUAAGGUUUCUAAACGUUUUGUGGUUGCGCAAAUAAUUGAAAAGCAUCAAGAUUAGCCAAAAGGGAUAUUGUAUGUCACAGGUGAAAAGAUAAUGAUUGUGUUUUCUAUUGAAUCAUUUUUUUGAAGUUUAGUAGUGUUUCUCAAUUCAAGACAAAUUAACAAGUUUACAACCAAAGAAAAUUUCAAAAAUUGAGAAGAAAGGAAACUUGAAGUCUGUUUUGUUUUGUUUGAUUUUUGUUUUUUUUUGCAAAAAGAAAAAGUGUAAAUAUGUUUCAUUUUUCAUUUUUUUCACCUUUUUUUAAUUCUUUUUUUUGUUGUGGUUUUUUUUCAUCUUUUUUUUUUCCCUUUUGAAUUGAUAAGUUUGAUGAUGAUGAAGUA